GUGGCCGUUUUUUCGGUAUUUCGCAGCAAGCAAAAAAGUUGUCUAUUCGGCUGUGGGCGAAAAAAUUGUCUAUUUGCUCCGGAAUCACGGAAUUAUCGCCGUUAUCAAUCAAAAGUACAGCGAAUCGCGAGCGGCGACAGGUGAGGGCCACAAAAAACAUCGCGCAACGGAUAUCGCAGCGAGUGGAGACAAAAAACAAAGUGAGCCCUCGGUACAAACGGAGAGAGAUUUCAUUUAUCGCCGAAAGCAACAAUUGAACGCACGCACCUCGAAAGAGCGAGGGAGAGUCUCACGCUCUCACACCUACACACACACACUCACACACCACACACACACGGCACAAAGGUUAUCAACAACAACAAGAGCAACAAACUUACUUUAAAUAUAUAUAUAUGUUUAAGAAAAAACAAAUAAUUACAAAAACGUUCUAAAAGAACCACACAAAACUGCAACCGAAAAGCAAUCGCCGAACAACGCCUAAACUAGUGAUUUUAUGAGAAAAGGAGGAAGGGAGAGGAGAGCCAAAACCAUAAGAUUUGUGCAACCAUACGAGGAAUUUGUAACUGGAACCCACCUGCGAGUCAAAACCUACGCCUACCUGCUUUUCGGGUCUUUUAAAAUAACAGAACAAAAACAAAAGGAACAACAGUGAGCCAUGCGUGAGUACAAAAUCGUUGUGCUGGGCAGUGGCGGCGUGGGCAAAUCUGCGCUGACAGUCCAGUUUGUGCAGUGCAUUUUCGUGGAGAAGUAUGACCCGACCAUCGAGGACAGCUACCGGAAGCAGGUGGAGGUGGACGGCCAGCAGUGCAUGCUGGAGAUUCUCGACACUGCGGGCACGGAGCAGUUCACCGCGAUGAGGGACCUGUACAUGAAGAAUGGUCAGGGAUUCGUGCUGGUCUAUUCGAUCACGGCGCAAUCAACGUUCAACGAUCUGCAGGACCUGCGCGAGCAGAUACUGCGGGUCAAGGACACGGAUGAUGUGCCCAUGGUGCUGGUGGGCAACAAGUGCGACCUGGAGGAGGAGCGUGUGGUUGGCAAGGAGCUGGGCAAGAGCCUGGCCACUCAGUUCAACUGCGCCUUUAUGGAGACCUCAGCCAAAGCCAAAGUGAAUGUAAACGAUAUCUUCUACGACCUGGUCAGGCAGAUCAACAAGAAGUCGCCCGAGAAGAAACAAAAGAAACCGAAAAAGUCCCUAUGUGUUCUGCUAUAAGACUUCCAAAAACCCAACCAUUUAAAAAAAAAUCGACAGGAUUGAAAGAAGGAACUAGGAGGAGUAGGAGGAGGAGAAGAGAGGAGAUUCAAGUGUAAGAGUAAAGUUUUUAAAUUUUUUUUCGUUCUUGUUUCGAUUUUUGAGAUCCAAAUGCUAUUAAAAAUUUGAAAUAACCAAUAUACUAUGUACAAGAAACUUAAACUGACAAUGUUUUAGAACUGUUUCAAGUUUUUGUAAUUACCAUUUACUACUUAUUAUGAUUGUGUACUAUUUUUCGCUGAAGAACCAUUGAUGAAUAUGGGGAAUUAUUUAAUAUACGUAUACCACACACACACAUAUAUAUAUAUAUACACACAAAUUGUCGUUCGUUUUUGAGCCGUUUUUUAAAUUAUGCAACAAGUGAAACAUUCGUAAACUAAAACAUUCGUAUUUAUUGAUUCUAUUCGGUUAUACUCUACAGUACGUCUACUAUAUACACAAACAAACAAAAAAAAUCCAAACCAACAACAACAAAAAAUAUAUCUAUAAAUAGAACCGUAAACAAUGUCGUUGCUCUUCUACCAAUUGAAAAUAAAAAAAAAUUAAGAAGGUAUAAAACAUUUAAAAACAAAAUCAAAUUAAGCUAAAUUAAAUUGUAUGCCUAAAGCUAAAAGAAUUCCACUAAAAACCAACUAAAAUUGAGAACAUGAAUAAGGAACAUAUUUUAUAAAAAUAUUGUGUAUGCAAAUGAUGUCAAAAUGUUGCAAACAGCCAGAAAGUAAUGCGCCCAUUUAGUAAUUAGUUUAAAACAAAUUUACAACUAAUUGUUUAAUGCGAUCAAUUGCAUCAAAUUUAAAUUCAUGACACACACGCCCCCUACCACCCACCCACCCACAUCCCAUACACCACACCACAACCCACACUCCAUACACCCACAAACAUACACACAAACAAAGAAAGAAAGAAACAAUGGCACUCCGGAUUGCUCUCAGAGAGCGAGAACGGAAGAGGGCGAGUGCCACUUCCGCAUCCUUUUAGUGGGACAGCUAAAAAUAAAACAGCCACAAAUUCUAGUAUAUUUAUACAUAAGAAAAAUGGUUUAACUUAAACAGAGAGUCGUGUCAAUCCCAAAAUGAAAAGAAACCCAAAAAAAAAAAACGAAGUAAAUUUAUAAUUAUUUCAUAUAAUACGAAAUGCAUAAACUUCACGUACGAGUAGAUACCGACAUGCCCUUAAAUCAAAGUCUAAACACAGCCAACAACCAACAUUAAAAAAACUAAAAAUCUAAGCCCAAGCAUAAUAUACACAUAUAUA